UCAAGCGGCCGGUUAUCAACAGUCGCCCCAAACAGUUGAUCUACAAAAGCGACGGCGUCAACAACGCAAAAAAGUGAAACCAGCUAAAAUCAAAAUUGUAUUCUAAACUCAUCCGAAGCUGAUCCCCUGGCUUUAAUCUCCGCUGUGAGGUCAUUGUCAUUAACAGUUGAAAAAAUAUGUUGCUGACCCUGAUAGCUGGCGUUCUGAUCUUGCUUUUCACCUGGGACUUUGUACGAAAACGAAAAAGAGUUGAUGUUUUCGAAAAGUCUCAGAUCCCAGGACCCAUUUCGAUUCCCAUCCUGGGCUGUGGCCUUCAGGCCUUGCAUUUGGGAGCAGAGAAUAUAAUACCCUGGGUGGGCGAAAAGUUUGAAGAAUAUGGCAAGACUUUUCGCUUUUGGAUCCUAGGAGAAUCGCUGAUCUACACAAAGGAUCUGAAGUAUUUCGAGACCAUCUUGGCCAGUACUACCCUGCUGGAAAAGGGUCAACUCUACCAAUAUCUAAGACCCUUUCUCAACGAUGGUCUACUCGUUAGCACGGGUAGAAAGUGGCAUGCGAGGAGAAAGAUUUUCACCCAUGCCUUUCACUUCAAGGUCCUUGAACACUAUGUGGAGAUCAUGGAUCGGAAUAGUGGGAUCAUGGUGGAGAAACUGAGGAAGGUGGCCGAUGGUAAAACAGCGCUGGACAUGCUAAAGUAUGUCUCCUUGGCAGCUCUUGAUGUGAUAACAGAGGCCGCCAUGGGUGUCCAGGUGAAUGCCCAGAAUGACCCCGAUUUCCCGUACAUCAAGGCGCUCAAGAAUGUGGUCUAUAUCCAACCGGAUCGCAUGUUCAAGUUAUCGCAACGCUACGACUGGCUCUUUCCGCUGGUGGCACCUUUUCUACACAGGCGACUCUUGAACGAGAUUCGCGUCAUGCACGAAUUCACCGACAAGGUCAUUCGCGAGCGACGGGAAACUGUGGAGCGGGCGAAGGCGAACGGCACCUACCGCCCACUAAGUCUGGGCGAUGCCGAAAUUGGUAGCAAAUCUCAGAUGGCUUUGCUGGACAUCCUACUCCAGUCGACUAUUAACAACCAGCCGUUAAACGAUGCAGAUAUUCGCGAGGAGGUGGAUACCUUCAUGUUCGAGGGCGAUGACACCACCAGUAGUGGUGUUUCCCAUGCCCUUUAUGCCAUUGCCAGGCACCCGAAAGUUCAAGAGCGUAUCCACGAGGAAUGUCUUUCAGUUUUAGGCCAAGAUCCCUCUGCUCCUGUUACCCAAUCGCAGCUUAAUGAUCUGAAAUAUCUGGAAUGCGUUAUUAAGGAGACAAUGCGGCUAUAUCCUCCAGUUCCAGCAGUUGGUAGAUACACCCACAAGGAGCUGCAGAUUGGCAACAAGACCAUUCCGGCCAAUACGAGUGUGUAUCUAGUUCUGUACUUCGCCCAUCGAGAUGCGGACUACUUUGCUGACCCUCACAGCUUUAAGCCAGAAAGAUUUUUGGAUGGUGAGGGAGAAUCCCAUGAGACCUUCGCCUAUCUGCCUUUUAGUGCCGGACCCAAGAACUGCAUUGGCCAAAAGUUUGCCAUUCUGGAGAUGAAGGCUCUGAUCAGCAAAGUCAUUAGAUACUACGAAUUGCUUCCCCUUGGCGAGGAUGUUAAGCCAAUGUUAAACUUCAUUCUGCGUUCAACUUCGGGCAUUAAUGUGGGUCUUAGGCCCAGGAAGUCAUUAUAAUACUGAAGGCACUCAUUUUGUAAGGUUUCGGUUAAAGGUAACUGGGAUAUUCGUGAUGUAGCAGCAUGUAAGAAAUUAUUAUCUAAUCCUUUAAGCACCAAAAACCUGUUGUUCAUUACCGAAAUAAAGACUAUUUUGUUACAAA